GUUCGAUCAGUUUCGGCCGUGAGCUGAAGGUGGGAAUUUGAAAUUUCAAAGUUUACAUUUGGUCUAAAGAGUGAGGUGUGCUUGUGCCUGUGCUUGUUUUGUGUGGAUUAAUCUUAUAUUUUCGAUAAAAUUGAAACAGAAAAAAUAGUUGCAAAAUGCGUGGAUUAUUAGCUUUGGUGUUUGCCCUUUUGGUGGCGACAAAUUCAGUCAAUUCAGGAGCUAUCUAUCGGCGUUAUCGUGAACUUGAGCUUCCUGUUGGCGGCCAAAGCGAUGCUCAGUCCUUGCCAGCCGAGAACUAUGUCUCCGAGCUGCGAAAGAACCAAAUCCCCGUUCAAGUUGUCGAGGUUAUCGAGCCAGUUCUAGUCGUGAAACCAGUUGAGAAUCUCCGCAGCGUGGAACCCCAACUUACCAUCGCUGAAUCUGAGCCAGCGGCAGUGAUUACCAACGAAAUUAUUCCCGAGAAGCUAGAGAAGCUCGAAGAGAAUCUUGAAGCUGUGCGUGCCAUCGAACAAGCAGUGGUUGCUCAGGAGCAGGAACUUCAACAGCCCAUCGCUGAAGCUGUGGUUGCUGUUGCCGAGCAAGGGCAAGGCCAGCAGCAACAGCAACAAUUGCGUAACAUUGAACCUGAAGCACCAGCUGCACCUGCCAUUUUACUUGUCGAAGAAGCACCUUUGCCCCAAAAGAAUGAAGAAACUCUUACAGAAAGUAUCGAAAAGAAACUUGAACAGUUACCCGCUUCCGCAGAAAGCCUUCCAGCAGCACUUCCCGAAGCUCUGCCAGAAUCCCUUCAAAAAGAACCCCUAGUUUUGGCUAUCAUCGAAGAAAAGAAACCAGAACAAGACAAACCACUUGCUGCUGAACUCCCCGAACUGAAAGCUAUCAAAUCAGAAGAACCAGCUAAGGAUAUCAUUCCAGAAGCUUCAGCUGCCCAAGAAGUUGCUCUCCCAGCUGCAAUUGAAAAACAAUCUGAUUUGAAAUCGGUAGAAGAACAACAAUCUCCUGCCGAAGUCCAGCCCCAACUUAAGACACUCAAAGAGGAAACACUCCCUAUUGAAGCAUCAAAAUUAGACGAAUUACUCAAAGAGGAAAUUAUUGAGAAGAAAGAAGAAGAAAAGAAAGAGCAAAUCAAAGAAGACAAGAAGGAAAUCCUUAAGGAAGCAAUCCAAGAGGCAAUCAAGGAAGAUAUCAAAGAAGUUCUCAAGGAAAAAAGCCAAGCUAAUGAAAUCAAACAGCAAGCACAAGACUUAGAGGCCCCAAUUAGUGGAAGACAGGCAGACAGUGCUGACCCCGGUCCAACAACUGCUCGUCCCGCCCAACCUGGAUUCAUCCAACAACUCGUCCAGAACACCCCUCUAGGUCAACUCCUUACCAACUUCAACGGAGCUAAUAACCAAGCUGCCCCUGAACAGAACACCCCAGUCGCCACGGCUGCAACCUUCAUCCAGGCCUUGCAGAACACAACAUCUCAGAUCACCAACAGCAUCCAACAGGGCUUCCAACAGCAGUUGCAGUCUCUGCAGACCACUUUUUCUGGUCAACAGCCACAGCAAGCAGCCGUCUCGAGUGAUGCUGCAGCCCCCGCAGCUGCCACACCCCGCCCACAGGGUCCUUUCCAAUCCAUCGUUACUUCUUUUCUAGGAAAUGGUGCCCAGGGUCAGCAACAAGCCGCCCCAGCACCAACACAACAAGGUGGCCCACUCCAGGGAAUCCUCAAUCUCUUCGGAGGUAACCGUGCUCCUGGCGCAAGCCCAUCCUCGUCAACUCCUGCCGCAGAACCAGUCAAAGACGAAAUUGCCCCCGCAUCAGCGGAAGCAGUCGCCCCUGCCGCCGAAGAAGUCAGUCCUGAGUCCGCACGUGACAGUGUCGAAGCAGCUGACGAUAGUCUAGAAUCGGCCAAGCCCGAUGAAAUUGUCGUCAAUGACGAUGAUAUCCAUCACGAAUAGGACAUAAGUUUUUAGAAUUUAACUUCACAAAAAGUGGCACACUUUGACUGAUUGUGCUGAGCGUAUUCAGCGGAAAAGCCAUUCUUUUAAUUUUUAUUUCAACAAAAAUUUUGAGUUUAGGAAUUUUCUAUUUUUUUAUAUUUUAUCUAAUAUUAUUAUUUUUUUUAAUUUAUGUAUUUAUUAUUUUUUUGUGUAACUAAAUUAUUAUCAAAAAAACAACAAACAAAAACGGAAUACAAAAAACAGUAAACAAAUAAUAGAAAACAAAUUCGGAUCUAAUCACUUAUACAUAAUAUUAUUAUAUGAGUAAUAUUAAGUUCUAUAAAACUUUGUCUGUUUUUGUGACAUUGCUGCGAUUGUAAUAAAAUGAUUUAAAUAUAACGAAUAAAUAAAUAAAAAAAGGUAUAAAAAU